GAUGGCGGCCUCCUGUGUGCUCCGUGCCGUCCUCCGCCGGGUCUCGAGCCGCUGUUUUGGAGCAUUAAGCAGUGUGAGGCCUGGCAGGUGUCUCAGCUCCUCUUUGGCCUCGGAGGCCGUGCUGGCAGAGCACUCAGCAUCCAGGCUCAGCGGACAGACACCCAUCAACACAGGCUUCAAUCACCAGCAGAGAGAUGGAGGAAAGCUCCUGCUGACUGUUAUGGCUUUUUCCCUGUUUGGAAGUUCUGCUGAAAGCCAGAAGGAAGAAGCUCAGAGGAAGGAGGAGGAGAUCAUCCUGCUGCUGAAGAAGGCCAAACUCAGUGUGUAUCGCGACCAGCUGGAUGCAGCCUCGGGGUUCCUGCACCAGGCCAUUGUUCUGGCUCAUCAGACCCACAACAACCAGGCCAUCAUUUACACCUACAGCAUGAUGGCCAAUCUGGCUUACGUUCAAGGUCAGCUGGACAAUGCAGAGAAGCUCUUCAAAGCUGCGAUGAGCUUCAUGCUCGCAGGAGGAACUCCACAGGACGACAACGCCGUCAUCGAGAUGUCUCUGAAGCUGGCCACCAUCUACGCUGAGCAGAACAGGACGGAGCUGGCGGAUCACGGUUUCAGGUUCUGUACGGAGUCCCUGGAGGCCAAACUGGAGAAACAGAAGGAGCUUCCAGCGGAGGAACACACAGAAGAACAGGAAGCUCUGAGGAAGGAGACCCGCCUCCUGCUGGGCCUGUGUCUGGACUCCAGGGCUCGGUACCGAGCGUCGACGCGGCACCUGCAGCAGGCGGGACUGGACUACCAGAGCGCCCUGAACAUCUGCCGCCAGGAGCAGGGCGACACACACCCCCAGACUCUGGUGCUGAUGAGCGACCUGGCCACCAUCUUGGAUCUGCAGGGUCGUCAUGACGACGCCCUGGCGCUGGUGCAGCAGGCGGUGGACCUGAGCCGCUCCGUCGGACACCCCGACCAGCACGUGCUGCUCCUCAAUCUGGCCGGAAUCCUGAUGCACACAGGUCGGCUGGACGACUCCGUUCGGGUCUACAAGGAAGCGCUGAGCAUGGCUCAGCAGGUGGGAGACGAGGAGGCGGUGGAGCGGAUCGAGGAGGGGCUGAAGGAGGUGAAGACCAGGAGGAGUCAGGAGAAGAAGGAGGAGCAGAGCCACGCCUCCUAGGGACCGGAACCCAGGGACGAGUUCAUGGACCGUCUGUCUCUUCAUCUGUCCGUUCUGUGUCUUGUGCUUCCUCGUCUGAAUCUGUUUGACACAAAGCUGCUCCAAAAAAAAGGUCAAUGUGAAGAUGAGAGACUGAGACGACGCAGCCUGUCUUCGUUCUGUCCAAAAGUGACGUAAUGAACCAAAAAGUGUUUCCACGGUGGAGUCCAGGCAGGACGGACUCUCAACACUGCUGUGUGUUCAUGUGAGACAUGCCUCUGUGUUUGAAGUGCACAUAAUAAAAUAUUUUCUGUGUUUAUUCUUCAUCCGUCACGUUG